GAGAAGUGAUGCUCGGAGUAGAUCUCGCCGCAAUAGCGAUAGAUGUUGGGCCACAACCAGCGUAUUUUUCAUAUAUCUGCAGUGUGUUCGUGGAAGCGAGUUACGAAAGGAAGCUGUUGUAGACAGCGAACGAGAAAUAGUUGCCUGGAAGUCGUAGGAGAUCUUGGGGUUGGUGAAAUGGGAGUUUCCAGGAAGUAGCCAUAUUGGAUCGAGUGAGCCGUGUGUUCGUUCGGCCCCCAGAUAAAGGCUGGUACUCUCGCUUCAUAAGCAUUCAGUUAAAUAUUCACGCCCUGGGAAAUGGCUGCUACGGAUGUAGACCGGUUUUCUAGUGAGGAGAAAAGGAAUCUAAAUCUUGGUGGUCAUGUUGGAUUUGAUAGUCUUCCAGAUCAGUUAGUCAGUAAAUCUGUAACUCAGGGAUUCUGUUUUAAUAUAUUAUGUGUGGGUGAGACAGGUAUUGGCAAAUCAACUUUGAUGAAUACACUUUUCAACACAACUUUUGAAAAUGAAGAGGCAAGCCAUUACCAAAAUGGAGUGUAUUUACGUCCCAGAACAUAUGACUUAAAAGAGAGUAAUGUCCAUUUAAAGCUUACAAUUGUAGACACUGUAGGAUUUGGAGAUCAGAUUAACAAAGAAGAAAGUUACAAGCCCAUCGUGGACUAUAUUGAUACACAAUUUGAGAGUUACCUUCAAGAAGAACUGAAGAUAAAGCGAUCUUUAUUCAACUACCAUGACACAAGAAUUCAUGUUUGCCUUUACUUCAUCGCCCCAACAGGACACUCCCUAAAAUCCUUGGACUUGGUUACCAUGAAAAAGCUAGACAGCAAGGUGAAUAUAAUACCUAUUAUUGCUAAAGCAGAUACCAUUUCAAAAAGUGAACUGCACAAAUUCAAAAUCAAGAUAAUGAGUGAACUAGUCAGCAAUGGAGUUCAAAUUUACCAGUUUCCAACAGAUGAUGAAGCUGUUACAGAGAUAAAUGCUUCAAUGAAUGCCCUGCUUCCAUUUGCUGUGGUUGGGAGCAUAGAAGAAGUAAAAGUAGGCAAUAAACUUGUCAGAGCCAGGCAGUACCCAUGGGGUGUAGUUCAAGUGGAGAAUGAGAGUCACUGUGACUUUGUUAAACUGAGAGAGAUGUUGAUCCGGGUUAAUAUGGAAGACUUGCGAGAGCAGACACAUGCUAGGCAUUAUGAACUGUACAGGCGGUGCAAACUGGAAGAGAUGGGUUUCAAAGACACAGAUCCUGACAGCCAACCAUUCAGUCUGCAGGAAACGUAUGAAGCUAAGAGAAAAGAAUUUCUUGGAGACCUACAGCGCAAAGAAGAGGAGAUGAGGCAGAUGUUUGUCAGCAAGGUCAAAGAAACUGAAACAGAGCUAAAGGAAAAGGAAAGAGAGCUACAUGAAAAAUUUGAACAAUUAAAAAGAAUGCAUCAAGAAGAGAAGAAGAAAGUAGAUGAAAAGCGACAAGGUUUAGAAGAAGAAAUGAAUGCCUUUAAUAGAAGGAAGGUUGCAGCAGAAUCUCUACAAGCACAGUCUCUCCAGGCUGCUGCACAACUACCGUUAAAGAAGGAUAAAGACAAGAAAAAUUAAAGUUACAGAAAAGCAGGUCAAGAAUGGACUGUUCCUUCACCAUGAAUUCUAAAUGAAAUAUCGUCCCAAUUUUUUUUUUUUUUUUAUGUUGUAAAUGAACCAAAGGAAAUACUGGAAGGAAAGGAGAGCUAAUACAUGCUUGCAGAAGGAGGUUCUUGGCACAUGAUGUAAUACUUUGAGCUGCCCUGACUGCUUUAACAGUGAACAGAUUACAUGUAUGGGGAGUUCUCGGGUGUGUUAUCCCCCACUGUUACACAUCCUACCCCACUGGACUAUUUGUAGGUUCUGAUAAAGACAUCAAAGUAACAUAAAUAGUAAUAUAUUGCCAAAGUAUAACUUUUACUACUAUAAUGCUGGAUGUAAACCUAUUUGACUGCACUUCAGUGUAAACUUUGUCCUAAUUUCUAAAUUGUCUUAUUGAAAGAAACGUGAAGAAGGCUGGGUAAAGUUGAAGACUCUGCACCUAAUACCUGUUUUGUAAAGGGUAACAGUUCACCUCAGCCCUUUGUCAACAGGUGAUUGGUGCUGAUACCAUAAGACUCCAUACAGGUACGUAACUGGUAUGUAUUCAGGAGUAACCUUUCCUCUUGAGGAAUCAAUUCAAACCAGCAAAGGUCUGAAAACACAAAAUGAUGCACUGUUGAAAAUUUGUUGGUAGUGCAAAGUCCUACAUGAAAUUUUUGAAUUCUAGUUGGCUUCACAAUGCUAUUUGUCAGACACAACUUUUUUCAGAGCGUUCUUUCAAGUACACAGUCCCAUAUACGCAUUUUACACUUAUGAUAUUUAAUACUUACAUUCCAAAUAACUCAGUAACCAGUUAACUGCAGAAGUGUAAUUGAAGCAUUGGUCUCUGUAUGAGAAUAAUAAGGCUAUUAUGCAAGAUUAUUUACAUCUUUAAUUGUAAAUAUUUAGUCAUAAGAAUGUUCUUUCAGGCAGCUAAUCUAAACUAUUGCUUUCCAACAAAGUGUUUAGACAACUGGCCCUUGCACAUUUCUGGAUUCCAAAUAUUUUUUAUUAUCAUAGUGUGGCUACCACGAUUGAGUCAUACAAAAUGGUAGAUGCCUGAAGGGUAUCAUUUUUUUUUAGUGCUAGCAAAUUUACACAAGUAUAUGUGGAAUCGUUGCUUAACUGUGAAUGGAAACAUUUAUACACAAUGUUCAUAAUAUCACUAAUUAAAUACGCUACAAUAUUUAGGAUGGGGUUUGUAGUUUUAUAUUUCAGUAUUCAAAUAUAAACAUACAAAGGUACUUUAAAGAAGAAGAACAUUUAUGGAUCAUGCCUAAUAGAACAUUACAUUAAGACAGUUGAUUGUGAUUCUGUUUUUAAAGUUUGAAAAUAAUAAACAAGUCAGCAAAUAGUGCUUAUUUAAAACUGAGCCUUGACCAUACCAGAGCAUAAAUGUAAAUAUUAGUAUCAUCUACAGAUGUUUCGGAGCUUGUGUAACUGAUUUUAGAAUACAAAGCUAUAAGUGUUAUCACAAAAAAAUAUCAGUAAAGAAAUUUAUAAGUUUGUACAAAGUUAAGCAAACAUUUUUUACAUGAAAUACAGAUCAAUCAUGUACUUUGAUAAACACCCUGAAAAACUCUAAAGUGUUGGACUUAAUCCUGUCAAGUGAGCAAUAAGUGAAAUUCUGCAUUUUGCAGACAGAAUUAUUUCUCAGGUGAUUGUUGAUUUAUUCAAAACCUAAACCCCAAAAGUUAUGGAAUCCAUUCCUGAAUACUCCCCUUUGUUGCUGUUCUCCAUUUUAGUAUCUCCUUUAUUCUUCCCUUAUUUUCAACAGUUUAUGAAAUGGCUUACAGACAAAUGCUUAGUCGACACAAAAACUGUUGUUUGUCUUCCUAGUAUCCUCAUAGCAAACAUAUUGUUGUCUUUGAUGUUUCUCUAAGGGUAUGAUGACAAGAUCAAUGGUGGCAGCUACAUAUUUUAGUUGGAAAUGUGCUGCAACCCUAAUAUUUUGGUCAUUUUUCAGUAUGCUGUUUUAAUGGAGAAAUUAACUUUAUUUCAAAUCUUUACAAUGGAUGAUUAUGCCUAAUGCCAUACAGACAAGCUUAAAAGGCCCUUCUUUAUCAAUGUUAGAAAAAAAGGUUGAAAAGAAGAAAAACCCAGAGUUAAGGUCCUGCUUACAUAAAAGGUAACUUAAUAAAACAUAAAACGGCUAAAAAGUGUAUUCAGUCUUUUAUACAACGGUCAGAAUAUAAAAUAAUUAAUCCUCCUAAUCAAGUUUCUGUUUUGGAGUUAUUGAUAAAACAUACAGUUGACAUCUGGGAAAUAUUAGUGUUGUAACUGCAAACUUUGAAUGAAUGAAAAAUUGGAAAGAAUUGCAUAAUUUUAACCAGGGACUUCAGUUAUUUACACAUUUGAUUUUAUUUUUGAUUGGAUUGCUAGUUAUUGAAAGGAAAAUUUCAGUGUGGCCACAAGGUCCUGGGGGAAACUCUUUAUAUAUAAAAAAAAAAAUUAGAAAGGGCAUUCUAAAAAAAUCAAUAUGUGCAUGUGUGUGCUUGUGUGUGUGUGUGUGUGUGUGUAUGUAAGGGUCUGUGUGUGUUUAUACAGUAUAUCCAGUGUACCAAAUAUAUAUGCUCCGUACAAAUUGGUGUAGUCUGUUCAAAAAAAGUUCCUGCCAAAUGAAUAUUCAAGACCCUGCAGGACUUGACUCAUCUUCAGGUCACAUCCAUAUGGAACCAUGACAUGCAAAGCAGUGAAAGUUUUGCAAACCUUGUCUGACUGACAGUGUUGUUGUUUGUGUGUGUGUGUGUGUGUAUGUUUAAGCAAAUACAUGCAUUCAAAUGGCCAUAAAAGGCUGUCAUUGACUUAUGUUUUCUGAAAUGCAUCAUUCGCUUGUUACUUGGAUAUUUACAGAUUUAUUUUAAGUUUUAUUUUAAUUUAUAUAUGGUAAGAUAAACUGAAAUACAGGAACUUAUGUAAACCUCUUUGUUGUGCUACAAUUGUUUUGAUUCUACAAGUUCAGACUUUGGUAAUUUAUCUCUAUUUUAGUAUCAAUCACUCUAAUAUGUUAUUGUACAAAAUAUCAUUCAGUCAAACAUUAUGGAAUACAGCUGUGAACAACACCAUAGUCUUACCUCUGUGCCACCCUAAAUAAAACAACGGCUGUUAGGAUAUUGUUUAAGCUGGCCAUUGAAGGAAAGGCAGUUUGUCCCAUCAAAUUUACUUUUUUGGUUAAAAGGCCAUGCUUGGAGAAAGUGGUGCACCAAAUGUGUCUUUGUUAACAGGAGGAAGAUUAUCAUUCUUUCUCUCUGUCACAUUAUAUAUUUGUAUGCACAAACACAGUAUUGUAUUUAUAUACUCUGGAACUUGUAUCUAUGUACACACAAUAGUAUAUUUAUUAUGUGAGCGAUAUUCUGCAAUAACUGAGCGAUAUGCACUUAUAAUUGCAUUAAAGACACGUUUUAUACCAGAUUCUCCUAAAGAAGUCUAUUGUACAUGUAUAAACUAUUUUUGCAUCCUGUUCCAUUAGAUAUUUUUAUAAAGAGAUUAUAUAGGAUGAUGAUGUAUGGUUGUGAAUGUGUAUUCCCAUGACCUCAUUAUUAUACGGUCCACAUUUGCCUUAUUACCACUUCCUUACUCAUUAUUCAUGCAUUUGAAAACUAAGAAAAAUGAUGUUUGAUAGGACGUAGCAAUACCAAAUUGCAUACAUUAUUGCUGGAUGUUUAUUCCGUGGUAUCGUAUUUACUAAGCACUUACUAUAAAAAAACAAUUGUCUGUUAUUUGUCACGUGCAUAGUUAGAUCCAUUUUCAAUUUCUCCCAGCUCACUGUAUGUCUCACAGCUGCACAACAGAUUACAUGAUCUGCACUAACUCUAGCGACACUUGCCUUUACAUUUCCCAUUUUGUACCUUUGGGACUUUACAUAUCUAGAAGAAACCUGCCUCUUCUGGUCCUUCAGUUUUUUCUCUCUUGAUUGUUAUCUAGGUAGUUUGUGUGCAGAAUGUGUGCCAUGUUUAUAAAUUCCAUCUGUUAAGACACAUGGCUGCACCAUGGUGCCUUUUACAGGAGCAAUUGAAACAUAAAAUAAUGUUUAGAUUAUACAACCAACAUACAUUUCAAAAACCAUAUCAUUACCACGUGUAACAUUAUCACCAUCUUGAGGUUAACAUCAUAAUCCUCUUACAGUUAAAGUUCUGUUAGGAGGAUGGUUGUCUGCUUCCUAGCAGAGUUGUUUAGAAAAGCAACACACUUCAUUCCCUUCCAGUCCAUACCAAAGACCCAAAAAAUGAGUUUGUUAAUAUUUUGGGGACAUGAAAUUGCUUCAUAUUUUAAAACUGUUUUUUGAAGUGGCCAUAAUUGACUGUAUUCCCCUCUCUCUUUCUUAACAUGGUUAAACAAAGACAGGGAUGCCAGCCUAUGGCAAUAUACACACCCACACAGUGUGGUCUGUAAAUAUAUAUGCAUGCUUCAUAUUUGUACAUCACUUCUGAAUAGUCAUUACUUGUAUCAAUUGUUUUCUUUUUUAAACUUGUUAACUUGUACUUGUUUUCCUAUUACAGUAUAUCCUUUUUGAUUUUUGUAAAAACAAAGCAUUCUUACAUAAAUCUUGUUUACCGUAAAAGACCACCGUGAUGUACAAUUGGAAUAAACUAUACUUAUUUUGUAUUAAUAAAUCA